UUGGCCAAAUUAAAAAAAAGCAAUAGACAAAGAUAAAAACACUUGUGAAAGAGAGAGAUAUUUGGACCAGUAGUCCAUACACUAGAAGGUGUAAAACAAGUGGGAUAGAAAUGAGUCGUUGCACCAAAGAAAGAUCAAUAUGGAAUUGAUUGUGAAGAGACAUAGUCUUAUGUGGUAGAUGCAACUACUUUUAUGUUCCUUAUUAGUCUGACAAUAAAGGAAGAACUUGAAUUAUACAACCCACUGGAAACUGAUAAUCCCUAAGAGAUAGAAUCCCUAAAAGAUAGAAUCCCUGAAGGAUUGGUGAUAUCAAAAUUAUGUUCCCGGGAACUCUAACUAUUCGAUCGGAAUAUGUUUUAUGAGAUAUAUGAAAUAUUUAAAGCUAAUCAAUACAUCUUCAUAUUUAUCAAGAGAUUAUAGAUCAAUGGAAUCAUUGAUUUGAAUAUAAUCAAAAACUCCUGAAGAGUCAAUAGAAAAAUUGUAUUUUGGAAGAAAGUUCUUGACAAUACCAUAUUGUCUUUAUGUAUUCCAAAUUGGAGAUCUAAAAUGAGAUCUUAUCGUAAAGAUCCUUGAAGGAUUUUAUUUAAGAUGCUCAUAUAUGUUUGGUCUUGAAGUACCAUAUUUAAAGUGUUAUUGAGCAAAUUACUAAUCUUUUUCAUAACUAAAAGAUGUAAUUUCAUAUGACAAGAAAGAAAGUCAUAAUAGUAACUUUCAUAGUUACGGAUGAGUUACUCGUAUAUACGAGACAAAUGUAUAGACAAUUGUAUGCAAGAAGUUUGGUUUGAAGUCCAAAUAGAUCAAGAAAAUAUUGUCUAUAUCAGAUAAGAAUUGUGGAACAGAAGUCUAUAGACCUUGAAUACUGUACUGGAAAGAGUAUUAUGAUAUUCUCAAUUUCAAAAAGAGAUUUAUCUGAUUGGAAUGCAUAUCCUGAAGAUAUUGCUUUCCGGGGAAGAAAUGUGAAAUAUGUGUGGUUGUACUCUUUUCCCUCAUCAUGGUUUUUAUUCCACUGGGUUUUUCCAUGACAAGGUUUUAACGAAGCAAUAAAGAACACACAAAUGAUAGACACCCGAAAGAAUUAUUAUAAUUUCAAGGUUGAAAGUCUAUCACAGAUCGAAAGUCUUUGAAAUUUCUUUGAAAUCAAGAGAAUCGAAGAAAAAGAUCAAAUCAUAUCAAGACUCAUACACUGCAGAAGAAUGGCGAUGUUCGUCCUACAACUUCGUUCAAGUGACAAUUUCGCUGACUUAUUCACCAAGGCGCUAACCACUGCUACUUUCAAGAUGUUGGUUCAUCUUAUCAAACUAAGUCAUCUCAAAGAUCUCGACGUAUGUACACAUGAGGGGAAGUCAUUGCGCGCUGCACUCUUUUUCCUUAACCAUGGUUUUUCCUAUUGGGUUUUCCUGGUGAGGUUUUUAACGAGGCAGCAUCUUACGCGCAUAAUGGACAUCAAGGGGAAGUGUUAUGAAUAUUAUGGUAAUGCCAUUAUGGCAAGUCAUAGAUAUGCUCGUUCUCCAAGCUUUACUUAUUCUCCAAGCUUUACUUGUUCUUCAAGUGGCUUUGUCUCCAAGUUAUUGUAAUCUUAUAUAAAAGACUCAUUACUCAUAGAAUAAUACACACCAAUUUCCUCUCUCCUCUUUCUCUCUUCUUUAUUUAUAACAUCCCCUCUUUUCUUUAUUCUCCUUUUUUUUAGUUUUUCUUCCUACCUUAUUUUCAUCCGUCUUGUCCUCCUCACCCAUCUCUUCUUUUUUCUUCUUUAUCUUGUCUUUGUUCUUUUUCAUUGCUCACCUUUCUUUCUUGUUUCUCUUUUUUUUUUCCUACUAAUCUUCUACCUCUGUUUUAAGAGCACAAUAUAAUAUGUAACAAUAUGUUCUUUUCAUUUUCAUUUUUUAUUAAAAAAUUUACCUAAUUUUGCUUUCGCCAUUUGUUUUUCUUCCCCUCUUACUCUUCUUUCUCGUCUUGUUCUUCCUCACCUUUUUUUCUUCACCUCACUACAUUUUUUCUUCUGAUUUCUCCUCCUUCUCACUCCUCACUCUUCACUCCUCUUCCUCCACCCUACUCCAACUUUCUCACUUUUUCUACCAUGUGUUCUACAUUUUCCUAUUUCUCUUCAUUCUUCACUCUUCACUCUCCUUUUUAACUCCUCUUUUUUCUUCCCUCCUCCUUCUAUACUUCUCCCUCUUGCUCCUCCCUAUUCACUCUUCAUUUCUCUCUUUUCAUUUCCUUGUACUAUUAUUAUUGUUAUAUUACUAAGGAAAUCAAAUUCUUUAUUUUUAGUUACAUUUCUGUUUAAAAAUCUAUUUUAUAUUGAUAUUAUAGAUGAAAGAGUAUUCUGUUUUUGUGUGCGUUGAAUAUACACAUGCGCUGUAAACAUUGCAAUGUCCAGUUGUAUUGUAAAUUGACACAUAUUUUAAGAGAUGGUUAUUUUGUAAAUUAUUAUCGUAUAAUGGUUAUAUAACAAGUUAACCCUAUGUUAAUUGUCACUCUUUUUCGCUUGAACAUUUAGAACACACCUUAUUUGUGUAUAUCUUUGUGACCGAGACUCACACGUGAUCUAUAACGUGUCAAGUAACAACAAAGUUAUACAUGUAUAAGGUGUGUUUCUGAAUCUUUACGUGUAAAGAAAGACACUUAUAAUUUAUAUGAGCAUAAAUAUAUAUUUUACCAAUAAGACACACAUAUAUAUUAAAUAUAUUUUACUAUACCAAUUUAUAAUCAUUCAUCUUCUUUAAAUAUUAAAAUAAAUUACAUUUUAAAUUAUAAGAUGGCAAAAAUUAGCACUUUAAAUCUUUGAGUUCAACUAUUAGCUUUUUAAACAAUAAAAACAGAUUCAGUAACAUAUUAAACAUUGAAACUAACUUACUUCUUUAACAUGUUAAAAUUAUGAUAGGUAGUGUUUAUUAAUAUAUAAAAAUAAGUGAUAUGACGGUUUUUCAAAAAAAAAAAUUAAAUUAACAAAAAAAUUAAUAAAAAUUAAAAUUAAAUAAAACUACAAAAUAAAUUGUAGACAUCGAUAAAAAUUUGAAAUUCGAAAAAAUUCACAAAAUUUAUUUUUCUGACUUUUUCGAUUUUACAAUUUUUGAAUUUUUGUUUUUUUUUUUUGUCUUUAUUUAUUAAAAUAAUUGAUAAUCAUUAAAAAAAAUAUACUGCCACAUCACUUAUUUUUACCAGCUAGCGGUUGUAAUUUUGAUGUAUCAAACAAGUAAGUUAGUUUCAAUGUUUAAUAUGUUAUUGAAUCUAUUUUCAUUGCUUAAAAUGUUAGCAGUUGUAUUCAAAAGUUUAAAGUGUAAAUUUUCUGUCAACUUCAUGACACUACAAGAAAACAAGGAAUUUCCGAUUAUGGCUUUAGUAGGUAAUCAGUCGUUAUUUAGAGGGAUACAACAGAAUUGCGACUGAAAAGGGCAGUCACAAAUCAUCGCUCACAAAUUAUAUCAGUUGAAAAUCAGUCUCUACUCAAAAAAAAAAAAAAAAAACACACACACACACUCCCAGACCCAUUUAUCGAGACAACCCUAGAAGAAAACUCCGUUCACCUUUCACGGCGGCUCCGCCUCUAAGCCGCUGAUCUCUGCUACGGUGGAUCAAAUCCAAUUCUCAAUCUAUGUGCUUCACUCAUCCAAUCUAUCUCUCAUUGAAUUUCCAUGGAUCUUCCAGAGAUACCUCAUUUCCGAAAGAAAGAUUCGCCGCCUCUCUGCAACAACAACCAUGACUCCACUGCUCUUUCGUCAACCACAACUCCUCCAUCGCCUAACAAUUACAACAGCCAUGAUUCUAUUGCUCCUUUGUCGACCACAGUUCCUCUGCCCUCCAGUUGUGAUGACGGGCUCUUUGGUGUUGUUCCUGCAAACUCCGACCAGGAACCAAAAGAGAGUCAGCCUCCUGAGACUCCUCAAACACAACCAGAUGUUCCUCACCAAACCGAAGAGACAAUGGAAGAAGAACCAGUACUAUUCGUACCUUCGAUGGGAGCGUGGACAAAGCCGCUUGUUCUAAAGUUCCCUCCUCCUUGUACACCACCUGAGCCAUCAACGCCUUGUAGCUAUGAUCCACAGCUGGUGCAGAGCCAGAUUGAGAAAUUUUGGCCUUCACUGGAGAAAAGUAUCAACCUUACGAAGAAGAAAUCUUCGCUGAAAGUACCUUCUCUACCGAACCUUCCCGUUACAAAAUUUCCGCCUCCAAAACUGAAGGAAAAUGGCUCACUCCGCUUUCCAUGGGCUGCAAGGAUGAACCCGGCUACAAGGAACUUGUAUCGUGCUUCAAGACCAACUUUCAGACUUGAUGGCACUCCUGAGAUCAUCAUUCCAACUAAGUGUAAUAUGCAGGUUACUAGAUAGCUUGAAAGAAAAGAACGCAUUCGGGAUUUAUUCAG